AUGUCGCCGUCGGAAUACCACCAGAUUGUUGUCGGAAAACGACCAGAACACUGCCAGAAUGACCGCAACACUAUCGAAAUGACGGAAACACCAUCGGAACAACCGGAAGGCUACCGAAACACCAUCAGAACUAUCAGAACACUACCGAAACGACCGAUACAUCGUCAAAAAGUUGUCUCUUCACUAUCUCCGGAUCUUUUUGUCACUUCCUCAACUCACCUCCAGUCGUUCGCUCUUCGGAAACCACCUCCCUCCGCCUCUCCUCUUCCUGAACCACAUCCUUGA